AACAUCGUCCCCCGUCGAAAAGUUCACUCCUCCCACAUCCGCCGACAAUUCGAUUGCACUGGUGAUUAUACCAUUCAUCAGAGCUCGCAAUCAUGGGUAUCUCUCGCGACUCCCGCCACAAGCGCUCCGCCUCCGGUGCCAAGCGCGCAUACUACCGGAAGAAGCGCGCUUUCGAGGCUGGCCGCCAGGGUGCCAACACCCGUAUCGGCGCCAAGCGCAUCCACACCGUCCGCACCCGCGGCGGUAACCACAAGUACCGCGCCCUGCGCCUCGACUCGGGCAACUUCGCCUGGGCCUCCGAGGGCUGCACCCGCAAGACCCGCGUCAUCGUCGUCGCCUACCACCCCUCCAACAACGAGCUUGUCCGCACCAAUACCCUGACCCGCUCCGCCGUCGUCCAGAUCGACGCUGCCCCCUUCCGGCAAUGGUACGAGGCCCACUACGGCCAGCCCAUCGGCCGUAGACGCCAGAAGGCCCAGGCCGCCAAGGAGGGCAAGGUUGAGGAGGAGACCAAGAAGAGCAAGGCCGUCGAGAAGAAGCAGGCCGCCCGCUACGCUUCCCAGGGCAAGGUCGAGCCCGCUGUUGAGAAGCAGUUCGAGGCUGGUCGUCUCUACGCCAUCAUCUCCAGCCGCCCCGGCCAGUCCGGCCGCUGCGACGGCUACAUCCUGGAGGGUGAGGAGCUUGCCUUCUACCAGCGCAAGCUGCACAAGUAAGCGAGCCGAAAGGCCGCUGUCGGGAUGGUGCGGGGCCGGAGGGGGCACGAUGUGUGGCCCUUUGGUAUGGUGUUCAAGGAUUUUCUCGCUGUCUUGUCGUUUCAGGGCAUGAAGAGCUUCAUAAGCAUCGGGACGGGUCCAUAAGGAAUCAAAAAGAUAUUUCUCACAACCAAGACAUUAUGAC